AUGAGUUCUCCUGCCGUGCAAACCUCCCCUCAAGAGUUGGACGGGACACCGCGCCCGUCCGAGGUUCCCUCAACCCCCAACUUCGAUGUCGUCCGUUGUUCUCGGUGCCAACAAUCCCUGAGCCGAGCUGACCACACCACCCCUGGAGCCGUGCAAUGCGGCAUGAACUCGUACUAUUGCACCCGCUGUGCAACCAAGGUUGGGUUCGUCCGCUGA